AUGUGUUGUGUAGUGCCGCGAUUACUUUUCAGACACAUUAAGGAGCAUCUCGAUGGUAAAGUUGAUCCGACAGCCAAUAUGACACCUGAACAGUUGCAGUUCCACUAUUUCAACAUGCAUGAUGUGGACAGGAAUGGUUUAUUGGAUGGGAUCGAGUUGAUCAAAGCAAUCACGCACUUCCACGAUGGUAUGUUUGGCUCGCCAUUCGCACAUCCUCCGAAAACAUUCUGCACCUAUGUAGGUGGGAACGGUGUGCAUCAACAGCCGAUAGCUUCAGCUUUCGUGUCACCGUCUUCCAUUUAUAUUCCAGAAAAUCCUGAUCCACAGCAGCCAGGUACUCAUCAGCCUCCUCCAGUAUUGAGUGAAACGGAACUGGAAAGGAUGCUCGAUCCGAUAUUUGAAUCAGAUGAUCUCAACAAGGAUGGUUUUAUCAGUUAUGCGGAAUUUUCAAAAGCACAAAAACAACGAGACGAAGCGCGGAGGCAGCAGGCUUCACCACCACCACCACGUUAA